AUGUCAAAGUUAUUAAAAUUAGUAAUCGUCGGUGAUGGAGGUGUCGGUAAGAGUGCGCUUACCAUUCAAUUGACACAGAAUCAAUUCAUUGCUGAAUACGAUCCAACCAUUGAAAACUCUUAUAGAAAACAAGUUAUUAUAGAUGAAGAUGUUUAUAUGUUAGAUAUUUUAGAUACAGCAGGACAAGAAGAAUAUUCAGCAAUGCGUGAUCAAUAUAUUAGAAGUGGUAGAGGAUUUCUUAUUGUUUACAGUAUUGGAUCUAGACCAUCAUUUGAAGCAGUCACCUCAUUCCGUGAUCAAAUUCUUCGUGUCAAGGACCUUAGCACCUAUCCGAUGGUAAUUGUCGGAAACAAGGUUGAUUUGCCAGACAAGGAACGUAAGGUCAGCACUCUUGAAGGCAAGGAAUUGUCAAAGAGUUUCGGUGCACCAUUCCUCGAAUCUAGUGCCAAGUCUCGUCUCAACGUCGAAGAAGCCUUUUUCACACUCGUCAGAGAAAUCAAAAAGUGGUCUGCCAAUCCAGAGAAUGAAGAACAACCACCAACAAAAAAGAAAAGUUCAUGUUUGGCAGUUGGAGAUGUAAUGUCAUCACUACUAGGACCAAAGAGUAGAGAUAAAUUGUUGGUGAAUCAAUAUGGUGAGAUCAUUGUAACCAAUGAUGGUAUUACAUUACUCAAUUCGAUAAAUGUAGAACAUCCUGCAUGUCGUAUGAUGGUAGAGUUGAGUAAAUCAAUGGACGAUCAAAAUGGUGAUGGAACAACAUCUGUUGUAAUAUUGGCUUCUUUAUUAUUAAGAAAAGCAUUAAAAUUAUUUGAAGGAAAAUAUUAUAAUACAAAUACACUUGGCACAAGUACAACGACGAUUGGUCGUAUUAGUCCAAUGAGAAUUAUCAAAGGAUUUAUGAUGGCAUCUAAAGUUGCAAUAGAUACAAUCAAUCGACUGUCUAUACCUUUUGAUUUAAAGAGUGAUAUUGCUAAAAGAUACAUGUUAGAGACUGCAAAUACAACUCUCAAUUCAAAAUUACUUUCUCAUCUCUAUCCAACUCUCGCAAGUUUGGCUGUAGAUUCAAUCGCAAUGGCUGCUUCUUCUUUGGGCUCUGGAUCAAAUAAUAAUAAUAAUAAUAGGACACUAACGGUAUCAAUGAUUAGAGUAUUGUCCAUUCAAGGAGCAUCUAUAAAUGAUUCAUUUGUUACAAAUGAUAGGGAUCAAUCAUUUGGGGAUGAGUAUAGUUUACGAACCAUUGUCGAUCAACAAGAAUCACAAAUUAAAUCGAUGGUAGUUUUAUUAAAGAGAUUGGGUGUUACAAUGUUGUUUAUACAAGAUCAAUCUAGUUCUGGUGAUAUUUCCAUUUCAAAUAUGGCAUUAUCCUAUUUUGAAAAAGCAAAGAUAACCGUAAUAUCUCCAUUGUCAAAGGAAAUAAUAGAUGGAAUAUGCGAGGAAUUAAAUAUUAUAUCAUUUUCAGAUAUUCAAGAAUUAAAGUCGGUAUCUGCUUCUAGUCGUUUGGUACAAUUUGAAAGUUGUCAAUAUGAUACUAUUCAUCAUAACAAUAGCAAUGGUUCAACACAAUUAUUAUUCCUAAAAAAUAGACAAUCUAUACCUGACAAUGGUAAUAAUAAUAAUAAUAAUAAUAAUACAUUGGUAGCAUUACCAACGAUUAUACUUAGAGGUACUAGUGCUAUAGAGUUGGAAGAAACAGAAAGAGCGCUUCACGAUGCACUUUGUGUUCUUUGUAAUUUAACGAGGCGACCAAUUGUUGUUCCAGGUGGUGGAGCAUGUGAAAUUGCAUCAUCUGUCGAUAUCAUCCAUUCUAUUGACCAAAAGAGACAGACAAGUAUUGGAGGAGGGAUCUGCACAGAUAUAGAAUAUACUUCAAUGUUGGCAUUUUCAGAGGCAUUGGAAGAGAUACCAGUGGUUUUGUGCAAAAAUGCAGGUGCUGAUUUAUUGUUGGUUGAAAGAUUAAAGGUAUUACAUCGUCAACAAAUCAAAGAAAAUCAAAAAUGUUUCAUGGGUCUUGAUUUGGUUUCAAAAUUGGACAUUAACAAUGAUCAAGAAGAAGAGGAACAAAUAAUAUGUGACAUGAUAAACAGUGGUAUAUUGGAAACACUUUCGAAUAAAUUGUCUCAAAUAACUUAA